AUGUUAAGUCAAGCCACAUGUGUAUUCUGUAUUCUCCGUCCGUUCCAGAAUGCAGGACCGGUUAUUACACGGACAGAGGAAACUGUGUACAGUGUGCAACAGGUUGUAAGCCGGGAACUUGUGAACGUGACACCGGGAGCUGUACAUGUAAAGCUGGGUGGACAGGACCCAGAUGUGCCACACAAUGCAGGACCGGCUAUUACACGGACAGAGGAAACUGUGUACAGUGUGCAACAGGUUGUAAGCCGGGAACUUGUGAACGUGACACCGGGAGCUGUACAUGUAAAGCUGGGUGGACAGGACCCAGAUGUGCCACACAGUGUCCUAUCGGCUACUACGGUGCCAACUGUGCUUCGACAUGUUCCCCUGGAUGUGUUUCAUCUCCGUGUGAUCGGGAAACCGGAAGGUGUAGAGAAGGUUACUGUAAACUUGGCUGGGCGCUCGGGUCUAAUUACAGGUGUGACACUCUCCUUCUGUGACUCUGGUGCCAUCUCCUCCUCCUCGGUGUCGAGUAUCUCCUCAACUAUCUAUGAAUGCAGAGACAGAUUUUACGUAGACGGACAAGUCUGUACCCUGUGUGGAUCUGGGUGUGACGGAGAGUGUGACAAGACUAACGGCCUCUGUGAUUGUCAAACUGGCUGGACGGGAACUCACUGCAACAAAUGCAGCGCUAACUAUUACAUGGACAUGGGACACUGUGUAGAGUGUGGAACAGGUUGUAAGCCGGGAACCUGUGUGCAUGACACCGGGGAGUGUAGAUGUAAAGCCGGGUGGACAGGAGACAGCUGUGCUACACCUUGUGUUGCUGGGACAUACGGACACAGCUGUGGAAAGACGUGUAACGAGGGAUGUAAACCAGGGUCGUGCGACCACGUGAACGGUGACUGUGACUGUAAUGAUGGAUGGACAGGUCGGCAAUGUCAAAACAUCUGUUCCCCUUGGACAUACGGAGAGAACUGCCAGCAGGACUGCUCCAUGGGAUGUGUCAACCAGACUUGUGACAGAACCACUGGGCGUUGUGACGUGUGUCUAGAUGGAUGGGAACACGAGGACCUGAACAUAACGAGAUGCGACAAAGAGUGCGACAAUGGAAGGUAUGGCGAAAAGUGUAAGGAAGAUUGCAACAUCCACUGUAUCAAUGCCACGUGUCACCAUGUGAAUGGCUCCUGUACUCAUGGCUGUCUGAACGGAAGAAGCGGAGAGUAUUGUGCAGUUUUUGAAGCCGGCCCCCAGAAUGUAAAUCUCAUCGUUGGACUCCUUCUCUUUCUAAUCGUCAUGAUCGCACUUGUCAUGUGUGUUGUUUUCUUUAGAGAGCCGUUGAGAAGAUUUAGGGACAAAAAGAUUGAAGAAAGGAGUGCUAACGGGAUGAACCUACCUAUGGCAGCCCGUGGAGGCCAAGAUGCAUCGGAACAUGUGGCCGCCAACGACGAAGACGAGGCUAUCUAUGUCAAUGUCCCGAGUAGUGUUCCAGUGGCAGUCAGUGCCUUCAAGGAAUUCGUUGCCAGGAAGAAAGCCACAAAGGAAAUCUUGGUGAAAGAGUAUGCUGAACUCCCUAAAGGCCUGACGGCUAUUCACGACAAAGCAGUGACGCAAGUGAACAGCCCGAAGAAUAGAUUUAAAGGAAUUUACCCGUAUAACCACUGUCUGGUAGUUCUGAAAGGGAAUGGUGGCAGCAGUGGCUACAUAAACGCCAGCUAUAUCGAUGGACGAACAAGGGGAAAACAGUACAUCGCAACACAGGGUCCUCUGCCUAACACUGUUGUGGACUUCUGGAAGAUGAUUUGGCAAGAACAGGCUCCUGUCAUUGUCAUGCUGGCCAAUAUCACGGAAGAUGGGAGGAGACGCUGUGAGCCGUACUGGCCCAAUGAACAAGGAGAGGACACCAAGACGUUCGGCCCCUGGAAGAUUACAGUGGCUGACUCCUGUCCUCUGGCUGACUUCACCAUCAGAACACUCACGAUAAAGAAGGGAGGCAUGCAGAGGACGGUGAAACAUGUUCACUACAUGGUGUGGCCUGACAAGGAUGUGCCAGACAACACCAUGUCUCUGGUGGAACUCAGGAACAAAGUCAGGACCUUCUGUGACUUCGCCCAAGGACCCAUGGUCGUACACUGCAGUGCUGGUGUGGGCAGAACAGGAACCUUGAUUGCUCUGGACUCCCUGAUAGAAGACGCAGAGACCCGAAACAUGGUGGACAUCUACGGCUGUGUCUGGCGACUCAGGAACUGCAGAGUCAGUAUGGUACAGACACAGUCCCAGUAUGUGUUCCUCCAUGACUGCCUCCUGGACGCUCUGUGCCAUACAGUCCUCUCCACACCCGCCAGUCUCUAUGGCAUCGCUCAUCAACAGCUAAAGAAGAACUCCAACCUUGCUGUUGCCUAUCAGAAACUCUGCGAGUGCCCUGAGACUGACCAUGUGAGUGACGCUGCCAGGGACCUCGAGAACAUCGGCAAAAACAGAAACAAGGACAUUCUUCCUGGAGACAAGCAUCGCGCUACUCUGUCAACACGCGAAGCAGGGGGCACCGACUACAUCAAUGCAGUCAUCGCUCCGUCCUAUGAGAAGCGACGCGCGUUCAUCCUCACUCAAAUCCCCCUGACGUCCACAGUUGUUGACUUCUGGCGUCUCGUCCACGACUAUGACGUCCGUGGCAUCGUCCUGCUGGAGAACUACACCGACAUGGACGCGAAGUGUGGCAUGUUCUGGGCCAAAGACAAAAAGCCGACCAAGUUUGGUCCCUUCAGCGUUAGUGAAGGGAAGAUUGAGGAACAUACCGGCUUUACUAUGGAGAAAAUCUGUUACAGCCAAGAGAACGAUGAAAGGGAGGUAACCGUGUUCCGUUCUCCCGCCUGGCCUAAGAAGAGUUCACUUCCGGAAUCACCAUCUAGCCUCCUCAGCUUGAUCGACUUCCUCAGACAGUGGAACGCUGGUGCUCCUUCACCCCUUCUAGUUGUCUGCAGGGACGGAGCCACCAGAAGCGGUCUCUUCUGUGUUAUUGCCAGCGCAGUGCAGCGCCUGCUGUUGGAAAAGGAAGUCGCCCUCCAGCAGACGAUACGCAGCAUACGUUUUGUCCGGAAACAAGUUAUUCCCAACCUGGAACAAUUUGAAUUCUGCUAUGACUCUGUGAAGGCCUACAUGGACAGUUUCCAGGAAUACUCAAACUUUGCUUGA